AUAUGCAAGAUAUGCUACAUUUAUUGUGAAACAUCCGUAUAUUCUUCUCGUAUUGAUCGCAGUGUUGAUGAUAUUAUCUGGAAGUUUUAGUUUUAUUCCACAGCUUGGAGCACAGCCAUUACCGGAUUUCACUAAGCCUUUCAAGGUAGGCUACGUCUUUCAAAAUUGGGAAUCCAGAUGAUCCGGGAACUCCGGCAAAAUGUUUGGUAUUUUUCGAAUCACUCGACCAGUGAAAUGGUAUAUGAGAAAGGAAAUCCCAAACAUGCGCUCCGUGAACUGGUCAGGUCGUCUUGACAUAAAAUCGUAGCUCAUAGACUCUUUCAAGUGUACAAGAAAUACCUCUAUGGUUUUGGCAAACAAAAGGAGGCCUUUAAUUUCACAUUUAUUGAACGUGGAAAGCCACGUUAAGAAUAUAUAUGUUAUUUACCGGCUGCGAGGUCCGGAUGAGAAAAACUGUGCCCGAGGUCUUGAAAACGGCCCGAGCCCGAAGGGCGAGGGACGUUUUCAAGACCGAGGGCACAGUUUUUCUCUUCCGGACCGACGCUGCCGGUAACUAACGUGUUUAUUUUUUAUCAGAUGUAAAAAUUAAAUUGAUUAAAAUUCCAGUGUUGCUUGCGAACUAAUUUGAGAUCAGUGCAGUUGUGUAUUUUCAAAGCGAGGCUGACAAAAAUUGAAAUUUGAAAAGUUGAAUGAUAUAAAACACGAUACGAAAACUCGAGAAAACUGGCAAGAAACACACAAAAAGACGUAUAGUUUCAGUAAAAAUGUACAUGCUUUUUUCAUGAAUAUGGUAUAGAAGAGAAGCUUUGGAAUAAAAACUUUUAUGCCUGGCGUUUUGGCUUUGGCAAAAUCAGUUGCUCCUGACAACGACAAGUUCAUGUUCAGAUCAGAUAAAAAACAUAUAAAAAUGAAUCUGUUUUCAUUUAAUCAACGUUUUUCUACUAAAAGGUCAAUGAAAAGGGUAUGUUGUUUUUAUAUUUUUGUAUUUUUUCUUGUCGUUUCACGAUAAUAUGCUUGAAAAAAUUGUUUUUAAUUUAAACACAAACUUUUACUUUGUUUACAAUAUUUAUAUCAGUGAAGAAUGUAUGACACAAAUGGGUAGAGAAUAUAUUCGUGACUUGUUUUCACUGCUGCAAAAAAAAAUUUUUUUAAAUGGGAAAACAUUUAUUUUACAAUAACUGUUUGAGCUGUAAUUUUUUCGCUUUUAAGUGGCCGAAUACAUGAGCAUUUAAAAAAUAUGUAGUUUUCUCGACGUAACUUUUAUACAUGUCGAAUAAUUUUCCGACUUUCAGUGGCAUUUCUAUCAAAAUAUUGUCAAUUCUGGUGAACAUCGUGCUUAGCUAUGAAGUCUUUAGGGCUUGAUGCAAUUCAUUUUUGUAUUCUGACUAUCGUUAGGCUAUGUUUUUCAAACGUUUUUGGCAGAUUUUUUCUUUUAAAAAAUUGUUUCACUCCUCAGUUUUUGUCGCGAAAGCCAGAACGGGCAGUUGCAUUUCACAGUGGGCAGUUGCGUUUCAGAAUGGGCCGGAUGCAAAAAACCGGCCCGCUCUGAAAGGCUCCCAGCCAAUCAAAUUGCUUCAUUUUCACUGAUAAAAAAUAAAUAACAUUAUUUUUGUGGGGGUUUUUUCUAGGGAUUUGAAGCACGAGGUACGAUAAUCAGUGAUCGUUGGCGAAGUCAAGUGAACCUUUUUUAUAGCGAACACAGAGGCGAAAUUACUAGAGUUCCUGUUAGAUGUGGAAUGAAGUAUACAAUAGGGGAACAGGAGAUUGGAAAUGCUCCUGCAAUAUGCAGUAAAGAACAAACAUUCAAUCAGGGUAGACUGACAGUGAAAAUUGUGUUUAGUGCUAAGAAUGGACAAAACUUACUGACAGCGGAGGACUUAAAAUCCAUUUGCCGUUUAGAACACAGGAUAGUUCGCAAAUGCAAAAACUUUGAAGAAUAUUGUCACAAAGCGAAUGGGACGCAGCAUUGUUGCCCCAGUUGGUCUGUGGGACAUUACAUUGCGCUUUUAAAUGGUAAUCCCUCGUGUUUAAAUAUAGAUGAAACUGAAGUGAAAAAAGCAAGUAGUCUACUGACGAUAUGUUCCAAAUACUACCGUGACGGCACGUUGAAAUCUGACUGUUGGGAUUUUGCGAAGAAUGGAAAAGGAGUAGGAAGAUGCAGUCAAGUUCCAGAUACUUGCACAACGUUCAAUGCGGUUUACAAUAUCUUUCAUUAUCUUACUGAUAGACAUUUCUUGUCUGAUGGUUCGAAUUCCAGCCUAUUCCUUCGCUAUAGCCUUGUUCUCGUUCCAGUUAAAGAAAACGAACAUUUUCAAGUUGCUAUUUAUAAGUCAUAUCUAAAAGAUGAUAUUAGCGACGGUAAUGUUAUACUAUCCGGAUAUGAACUGAGUAAACUGAAGUCUGAAAUCUUCAACGAACUUAUGUUGGCUGAUUUAUAUCUCUCUGCAAUUGCAAUGCUCGUUAUAAUGUUUAUUCUCUGGGUGUACACUCGUUCAUUCCUUAUCACAUCUCUGGUUGGACUUAUUGUAGUGUCAAGUUUAGUUAUAGCUUAUUUCAUGUAUACCAUUGUACUUGGCAUAAAGUUUUUCCCGUUUUUGAAUAUUCUCACCUCCGUGAUCUUGGUCGGUAUUGCGGCUGACGAUGCUUUUGUUUAUAUAGACAUUUGGACUCAGUCAAUGUGCGAACAUAGAGCGAAACGCAAGGGACCUCCGUUAAACGAAGAAGAGCGUGACCAGGAAUUGAUCAGUAUUACAGUAGACACAAUGAAACACGCAUCCUUAUCAGUGUUUGUAACGAGUUUUACGACAUCGUCAGCGUUUUUCGCGUGUCUGACAUCAGAGAUUACAUCCAUUCGAUUGUUCGGUCUCUAUUCGGGUCUCUCUAUUCUAUGCAUGCUUUUUCUUAUGGUGACGUGGUUUCCUGCUGCUGUUAUAAUUGAACAGACAGUAUUUUCUCGGUUUUGUUGCUGUUUUGAGUUUAUGGGGAAAUUACAUGAAACUAUAUUCAAGGACACAAUGAGAACAGUAAUCGAUAAAUUAGUGGCAUGGCAUAGAGGACUUUUUAUGGAUUUCCUGCCACGUAUCGUCAUAAAGUUGAGAUAUUUUUGGCUGCUAUUUUUCUUCCUGCUCGCCACUGGUGGUAUAGUUGUCGCAACUGUAAAGCCUGGAAUCCAAUUUCCUACGUCUCAGGACUUUCAACUGUUCCACGAAUCGCAUAUACUAGAAAAAUACUCAUUGAAAUUAAAGAAUAAUUUUCACUUCGAGACAACCAGAACGUCUAGUUUUCCGAUCAACUUAGUCUGGGGUAUCAAAGCAACUGAUACGGGCGAUCAGUUUGAUCCGUACGAUAUGGGAGGCCUAAAAUGGGAUAGCAACUUUGAUAUAGCUAGCAAAAAGGGCCAACAGUGGAUCGUUAGCUUUAUAUCUCGGUUGAAAAAGCAACCAUUUUUUCCUAAAGAUAAAAAAUUAGGCAAAAUAUGUUUCAUCGAAGACUUCUUUGCCUAUAUGAUGAUGAAUUGCACGACAAACGACCGAAUUUGUUGUAAAGAUUCAACAUUUCCAUAUAAUUUGACCAUCUUUUCUAAAUGCAUGAUACAAAUGCAAUGCCAAAGAAUCAAGGAGAUUCAAAGUGUAACAGAUGGUGCCCCACUCUUCGACGCCAAUGGUCGGUUGAGAGCGAUCUCUUUAAAGUUUGAGAGCAACGUACCAUUCACAUGGUCGUAUGAUCAAGCAGACCGUUUUUGGAAAGAAACGGAGAGUUGGGCUCUUACGGAGUUUAACAAAGCGCCGCCAUCCGCGAAUGGGUGGUUUAUAAGUGAGCUACGCUUCUACGAUCUGCAGAAAAGUUUAUCCAAAGGAACAGUUAUAUCAAUGAGUAUUGCCCUUGCUAUGGCUUUUGGAGUGAUGCUGCUCACAACAGGAAAUCUAUAUAUCAGUGUGUUUGCUAUUACUGCUAUUACUUGUACCCUGGGUGUGACUGUUGGUUCACUAAUACUCAUGGGAUGGAAGUUGAACAUUAUAGAGUCCAUUACGUUGUCACUUUCUGUGGGUUUAUCGGUCGACUUCGCAUUGCAUUACGGUGUUGCAUACGUAUUGGCUGUUGACAAGAAUGACAGGAAAUCCAGAGUAUUAUUUUCUAUGACUGGAAUGAGUUCGGCCGUCACCAUGGCGGCGUUUACUACCUUUAUUGCAGGUUAGUCCGAUAAUAAUAUGUAAUUAAUAUGUGCGAUCACUUUCCAUACUAGGUAGCAAAAGCUAAUCGAUGUGGAAAGUAAAUAAUUGAAUAGCAAAAUAAUUUUAUUAUAGGUGCACUACUUAAUGGGUACACUAAUGUAUGGAAAUAUGUACGGUAGUGAGCAACAAUAAUAUCGUUUGAGUUUAAAGAAUUAAGGAAAAAGAGAAGGAAGGAAGUAAUAAGUAUGGAAGGAAGAUGUAAGGGAAAGGAAGGAAGGCAGGAAUAAGGAAAAAUGUGGGAGUCAGCGAGAAGGAAGAUGGUAAAGAAGGUGCUGAUAAGCGGCUAAGAAAAGAUGCAAGGAAGGAAAGGACGAAUGAUUGGGUUGGUGGAAGUGAAAAUGGAAAACUUUGGUGAAAAGGAAGAAUGGAAGUCAGGAAGAAAGGAAGCAUUGGUUUUAAGGGAAUGAGAGGAGGAAUUGGGAAGCUUGAAACAAGGAAGGAAAGGAAGACAGCUGGGAAUGUAGAUAAAUUAAAGAAUGCAAGAUAUUAAAUGUGAAUGUACUAAGAAAGAAAGCAAACAUGAAAGACCAGAAAGAACAGAGACAAUAAGGGAAAAAAUACAUAGCUCGUUAUUAAACAUUCAUCUUAUUUGUACAACCUUCUAUUCUGCAGGUGCUAUCGCUUCACAGUCCAAUGUGUUAUCUUACAUUCAAUUUGGACAAUUCGUUAUGAUUGUAAUGUCUGUUAGUUGGGUGUAUGCAACCUUCUUUUUCCAAGCAAUUUGCUGUAUCUUGGGACCAGAAAACAACUCUGGUCAAAUGACGGUAUCCAAGCUUAAGGCAGGGUACAAGAAGCUCAAAGCAUGCUUGUGUUGUGCAAAUGCUGACUUAGAUCACUAUACGAUGGUCAGGAAAGACGAUAGUACAGAGGUAAAAAAUACAGUACGAGUGUUAUAUGUCAAGGAAGACAAUUGAAAUUGGACGAAUAAGUAACAGGAGCAAGUCUUCGCGCUUAUUACUAUUGCAUGUUUACGAUAUUACGGUAUACGGAGAAGUGCAUAAAAAGAAAUACCGGCCAACAAUUUUGAAAAGUAUACAACAAAACAUAAUCCGAAGAUUCCGAAGAUUAGCAUCAUGAAACUCAAAUAUAAUCAAGCCGAGAAGGAGUUAAUACAGUUUAUUUAGGUCAGAUAUUUCGAUUUUAUUUCAAUCAUCAGACUAAGUAAAGUUAUCAUCAGACUAACUAAAGUUACAAAUUGUAGAAGGUCUUGAUACCAUACCAGCUUGUAUAAAAUAUUUUGUUUCUAUUGUAACUUUAGUAAGUAAGUUGAAAUAAAAUAUCAUUUUCGUCUUGUUUUAGCCCUAUCUUGAGUAAUCUUCAGAUUGUGUUUCGAUUUAUAGAAGUGCAUAAUUCAUACGUGUUUUAUAAUGUUUCCACGCAUUGAUCAAACAGUAAUUAUAUGAAAAUAUUUUCCAUACGUUUAACGAUGAGUGACUUAAUUAAUUAUGCGAGUUACCAACAAAAUCAAAUCUGAGAGAUUUUACGAUAUUAUUAGGUAUUCUUGUAUUUGUUUGAGUGAGC